GGAAUAUUGGACUCUGGAUGUAAUUUGUCGGGGUCCACGCUGUCUGACAGAUGCACGGUAUACGUAUGUGAGCGCGAUGCACGGUUGGGCGGGUUGGAGGGCGCCGCUUGCACCGGCGCCCGGGGCCACGCCGGUCCCCGCGCCGCUCCCCCCCUGCAGUACAUGUUUCGCCGCAUCAUUUCUUUCUACCCCCUCCUCGUGGUGUUCAAGUUCCUCAAGGUUUGCUCCUACUCCCCCCGGCUCGCGCUCAUGACGGAGACCCUGUCGAAGGCUUCCGUGGACAUCUUCCACUUCGCGGUGGUGUUCUUCACCGUGUUCCUCAUUUACACGAUCUCGGGCAUGCUGCUGUUUGGGCAGGAGCUCCUGAUGUUCUCCACCACGGAGCGGGCCCUCGACGCGACCUUCAAGAUCGUGAUGGGCGACUUCGACUGGGAAGAGAUGAGGCGCAUCGGCAGACUCGAGGCGUGGAUCUGGUUCGUGACCUUCAUGUUGCUGGUGAACCUCAUCAUGCUCAACAUGUUGAUUGCUAUCAUCAUGGACGUCUACGCCGAGGUGAAGAGCUCGCUUCCCGCCGACGCGGACACGCUCUGGUCGCACGGGUACUGGAAAAGUGUAAAAGCAUCCGCGGCGAUGGCGUCGACCAGCCUCGACACGAAGCGACUUGCGCGACGCACCGCCAAUGCUGGCAUCACGAAGUGCCUGAUGGCAGACGGCAUCCUGAACGCCCUUAUCUUUGAUGGCAACCUCAAUGCCGCCGAGGUUUAA